CUACAAACUCCUACACUACUCCGAUCCUCUCUUUGUAUCUCUCUCUCUCCCCUCCACCACCGCUGGCCAUCUUAGGGAAAAAUGGCUCCAAAGAAGGGUGUAGCAGUAGCAGCAAAGAAGAAAGCGGAGAAGAAGAUGGUGAAUCCAGUUUUUGAGAAGAGGCCAAAGCAGUUUGGUAUAGGAGGGGCGCUGCCACCAAAGAGAGAUCUGACAAGGAAUGUGCGGAUGCCACGUGGGGUUCAACUACAAAGGAAGAAGAGGAUUCUUAAGCAGAGGUUGAAAGUUCCUCCUGCUCUUAAUCAGUUCACUAAAACCCUCGACAAAAAUCUCGCUACAAACCUAUUCAAGAUGCUUCUGAAGUACAGGCCUGAGGACACGGCUGCAAAGAAGGAGCGUCUUGUUAAAAGAGCUCAAGCUGAGGCUGUAGGCAAAACUCCCGAGACCAAGAAGCCUAUUAUUGUAAAGUAUGGUCUUAAGCACAUCACGUACCUUAUUGAGCAGAAUAAAGCACAGUUGGUGGUGAUUGCUCAUGAUGUUGACCCAAUAGAAUUGGUUGUCUGGCUUCCGGCAUUGUGCAGAAAGAUGGAAAUUCCAUAUUGUAUUGUGAAGGGAAAAGCACGUUUAGGAUCAAUUGUGCACAAGAAAACUGCUUCAGCAUUAUGCUUGACCACCGUGAAGAAUGAAGAUAAAAUGGAGUUCAGCAGAAUUUUGGAGGCAAUUAAGGCCAACUUCAAUGAUAAGUAUGAGGAGAACAGAAAGAAAUGGGGUGGUGGUAUCAUGGGUUCCAAAUCACAAGCCAGAACCAAGGCGAAAGAGAGAGUUCUUGCCAAGGAAGCUGCCCAGAGAUUGAACUAGAGUUCUCCAGCAUUGUUUUCUGGUUCGAAGUUAGAUGUCUUACGUGCUGUAGUCUUAUAUUUACUUUCUUCUGCAGAUUAUAUCUUUACGUAAACCAUUUAGAUCAUAUCAAUUUUUGGGACUAGAUGUCUUUUUGAGUUGGUUAUGCAUGACAGGAAAUGAAAGGCAUUUAUGCUUGUCAGCUCUAA